CAGCACGCUCACUACACAGAUCCAGACACAAGAAAAUCCCACAGUGAUAUUUUAAACUCAUCCUCCUCUCUCAUCCCAUCUCUCUCUGUCAGCGGGCAAAUUAAUAAGCCAGGAGUUAGGACCCAGAGAUGGUUUUAGCCUCACAAGAUCUGACAGCUCACUGGGCAUCAGUGAAGUGCACUUUAGGAAACCCACUCCACAGGGAGGUGACCUGUGACUAUUUUCAUCCCAGGCAGCUGGUCACGAUCCCCUUGAGUUCCACCUAGACUUUGAGCCGCUUGCGUUUUGUUUUCUGACCCUGUUCCUUUCCGGUGGAAACGCUCUGUGGGUGAAAGGGAAGAAAUCAUCUCUCUGAAGCAGACGUCAUGACAGGCUUUCUUCUGGUCCUUCUGGUUCCCACUGUCACUCUCUCAGGUUCCUGGGUGACUCUCACAGCCUCUGCAGCACUCAGCUCCAUCGCCCAACAUGAAGACGCGCUCCUCAGACACUUGUUCCAAGACUACCAGAAAUGGGUUCGCCCUGUGCUGAAUUCCAGUGACACCAUAAAAGUAUAUUUUGGCUUGAAAAUAUCUCAGCUUGUGGACGUGGAUGAAAAGAAUCAGCUGAUGACAACAAAUGUGUGGCUCAAGCAGGAAUGGACAGAUCAAAAGUUACGCUGGAAUCCCGGAGAAUAUGGUGGCAUUAACUCUAUAAAGGUUCCGUCGGAAUCGCUGUGGCUCCCUGACAUAGUUCUCUUUGAAAAUGCUGAUGGGCGUUUCGAAGGCUCCCUCAUGACCAAGGCUGUUGUGAAAUCCAGCGGAACCGUCAGCUGGACUCCUCCCGCCAGCUACAAAAGUUCCUGCACCAUGGAUGUCACAUUUUUCCCGUUCGACAGGCAGAACUGCUCGAUGAAGUUUGGAUCCUGGACUUACGAUGGUACCAUGGUUGACCUCAUCCUGAUCAAUGAAAACGUUGACCGGAAAGACUUUUUUGAUAAUGGAGAGUGGGAGAUACUGAAAGCAAAGGGGAUGAAGGGCAGCAGAAGGGAAGGGUCCUAUUCCUAUCCGUUCGUUACCUACUCCUUCGUUCUGAGACGCCUGCCAUUAUUUUACACCCUCUUUUUGAUAAUCCCCUGCCUGGGGCUGUCUUUCCUCACGGUCCUGGUGUUCUACUUACCUUCCGACGAAGGGGAAAAACUUUCAUUAUCGACCUCGGUUUUGGUCUCGUUGACAGUGUUUCUUUUAGUAAUUGAAGAAAUAAUCCCGUCCUCUUCAAAAGUCAUUCCUCUCAUUGGCGAGUACCUCCUCUUCAUUAUGAUUUUUGUUACCCUGUCAAUUAUCGUCACGGUUUUUGUAAUUAAUGUUCACCACAGAUCUUCUUCAACGUACCAUCCCAUGGCCCCCUGGGUGAAGAGGCUGUUUCUGCAAACACUUCCCAGAUGGCUUUGCAUGAAGGACCCCACCGACCGCUUUCCUUUCCCUAAUGGAAAGGAGAGUCAAGCCUCAGCGAGGGGGAAAGCCCCUGGGAAAAAGAAACACACUCCUACCAGUGAUGGAGAAAAAGUUCUGGUCACUUUCCUGGAAAAGGCCGCCGAGUCCAUCAGAUACAUCUCUGGGCACGUGAAGAAGGAGCACCUCAUCAGCCAGGUAGUGCAAGACUGGAAAUUUGUGGCUCAAGUUCUUGACCGCAUCUUUCUGUGGCUCUUUCUGAUAGCUUCAGUUUUGGGCUCCAUUCUGAUUUUUAUUCCAGCCUUGAAGACGUGGCUACAUCGUUUCCAUUAGGAACUACUUGCUGGAUC